UGGCGGCAAAUGGAAACAGAAUUGUUCUACAAAGGUAUCUGCCCUGCCAUUAAUGUUGGUCUGCCUGUGUCGCGUGUCAGAUCUUCUGCCCAAACCAGAGCUAUGAAGCAGGUGGCAGGUACCAUGAACCUGGAAUUGGCUCAGUAUCGUGAGAUUGCUGCUUUUGCCCAGUUCGGUUCUGACCUUGAUGCUGCCACUCAACAACUUUUGAGUCAUGGUGUGUGUCUAACUGAGUUGCUGAAGCAAGGACAGUAUUCUCCCAUGGCUAUUGAAGAACAAGUGGCUGUUAUCUAUGUGGGUGUAAGGGGGUAUCUUGAUAAACUGGAGUCCAGCAAGAUUACAAUGUUUGAGAAUGCUUUCUUGUCUCAUGUUGUCAGCCAGUACCAAGCCCUCUUGGGCACUAUCAGAGAAAGAUCUCAGAAGAAUCAGAUGCAAAGCUGAAAGAGAUUGUAACAAACUUCUUGGCUGGAUUUGAAGCUUAAGCUCCUAUGGAUUCACAUCAAAUACCAGUUCAGUUUUUUCAUUGUGUGUUCUAGAAAAUUAGUUCCAUUUGUAAAAGAGUUACUCUCAUAUUUCUUAUGUACAGAAAUCACAUGAACAAUAAAAGUUCCGUAAUGCAU